AUGAGGUCUUCGAAGACUUGCUUCUCUGGGACUGUGGAAGAUGCUGGUACGCAUGUGGUCACAGAUAUCUGUCUCCUCCAGAAAGCUGCCUUUGGCCUUAAUCCUCCAAAUGCCCUACCUCCUCCAACCCCCACCCCUCACUCCAGUGCUCAGGCUAUAGGUCUGAAGCCUUUAUUAUUUGACCCACCACUACAUUCUGCCCUGGUCCCCAGAGUGAGCGUGUAUCGGGGCGCGCGCACCCCGCGUCCGCCCCCGACCGGGGAUUCCCCCUUGGAAUGGGUCGGCGCCAGUGGCUCCCGGGAGAAGUUGAGCGCGGCUGCUGCACUCCAGCCACGUCCGGGAGGACAGGCCUGGGAGACCGCGCGUCCAGAUGCGUUCGCGAAACUAGAUGAUGGACAUUUAAACAACUCUUUGGGCUCUCCAGUGCAAGCCGACGUGUACUUCCCACGACUGAUAGUUCCAUUUUGUGGGCAUAUUAAAGGUGGCAUGAGACCAGGCAAGAAGGUGUUAGUGAUGGGCAUCGUUGACCUCAACCCUGAGAGUUUUGCCAUCAGCUUGACCUGUGGUGACUCAGAAGAUCCUCCAGCUGAUGUGGCAAUUGAACUCAAAGCUGUGUUCACAGACCGGCAGCUACUCAGAAAUUCUUGUAUAUCUGGCGAAAGGGGCGAGGAACAAUCAGCGAUCCCUUACUUUCCAUUCAUCCCAGACCAGCCAUUCAGGGUGGAAAUUCUCUGCGAGCACCCACGUUUCAGAGUGUUUGUGGAUGGACAUCAACUUUUUGAUUUUUACCACCGCGUUCAAACGUUAUCUGCAAUUGACACCAUAAAGAUAAACGGGGACCUCCAGAUCACUAAGCUUGGCUGAUGGUGUUUCAACCACCUCCAUUUCAAAUCGGAUCAGGUGCCACAACUAUCUGACUGUUGGUCUGGAAGAAGUGUCUUAACAACAUCUGGAGACUUAAAAAGAAAACAAAAACAAAAGGCAAGCUUCACUGUCUCUUCUUUGCAGUUGAAACCCAAAUGACAACUUCAACCAAGGUUUGCCCUUAGGAAGCUGUCGGAACAAAGACACCGAGCCAUUAUUCCCAGAACAAAGUAAUAACAUUUAUGCUGGAUUUUAUUCAGACCUAAACUGAAAUGGAUUUGUGAUGAUUUGUGAUUUGGUAGCGAGUUAUUCAUCUUUUCAAAGCAAGGUGAUGUUUAGAAACAAAAAGUGCUAAAGACUUAACAACAAAGACGGUACACCGAAAUCAACUCAUUUCUGCACUGAAGUGGAAUUGCGUAGCACAACCAACAUUUUAGUCAGGGUAUUAACAUAGAAUGUAGGUUGUUCAAGGUUUGUGUGGUUGUUUUUUUGUUUUGGGGGGUUUUGUUUUUUUUUUUAUUUUGUUUUGGUUUUUUUGCACAGGAUAAUGUUAAUUCAGAUUUUUAAAGCUUUCUCAUAUUUAUUUAUGCUCAACAUAUGUAUUAGAAAAUGAUUAAUAUCUCAAGAACAACAAGUUAGGAACUUUUGAAUGUACAAAUAUCUUAGGUCCAAGGGGGAAAAGAUACAUAUUACAAUCAUGUAACAGGUGAAUUUCUACCUUAAACAAUUGAGUCAUAUCCUCCAGACCCCUAUAUUUAGGAUCUCUUGAUAUAAAUUGCUGUAAGUGCUUUUGGAAAGACUGCAACAUUUUGGUAGAACUGGUUUUGGAGUUAUUGACAAUUAAUGUAAAAUUCUAUUUACAUUGCUUUUUCUCCUUCCUGUGAAUUAACACAGUAUUGGCUUCCUUAAGACUGACUAGCUACUUUUUCCUAGAUUUACAUAAUGGCUCCUUAAGUUGCUAUUAAACUAAUUGACAACAUAUAAGAGGUGAUUGCAUAGACAGUUUUUAAAUGACUAUUAUAUAAACUUUUAAGAGUAUAAUAUGAAAAUGAUUCUGGAAUGCAAUGUAAAGCAGGAGCCACUGGCCCCAAAUAACUUACUUGCAAAUAAUUUAUAUCAACUUAAGCUAUUAGCUCAUUGCAUCCCUUUUAUUAUAUGACCCUCACCAAUAUCCCCAAGCAAUGCCUUUGCAGCUGCAGAGUAGAGGACGGUUCCUACUUUGUUGGCUCUGCUGAGAUACUAGGAUAAGACAGGAUCCAGAUUAGGAAAUGAUCCAAUUAGCUUAUCUGAAAGGUUAACUCCCAGAACUCCAGGUCUUUGAGUCCAACCAAUAGGACGCGUGCUUCCCGAUUAAGCUGUAGGAGUUUCCCUGCACUUGUGGAACUGAUCAAACAGCAGUGCCUCUCCAGGAGGAGCCUGCACUGCCAUCAAUGUCAUCGAGAGGCAAGGGAUGGUCGGCGUCCUGGGUGCUGAAUUUCCCAAACCCCAUUGGCCCUGGAGAGAAGGACCUUUGGCAUUGCUUGGUCAGGUAGAAUGGGGUGGGGGGGAAGGGGUGCUAGGGUGGGGGUGUAUUUAUAUAUAAUUUAGGUUUUGUUUGUACAGCAUACCAUGUCUUGUUAUGACACGUCCUUGUCCUGCUUUGCUUUUGAGUUUUUUUUUUACACAACAUGCAGAGGCACUGAAGUGGCCACGUCAUUUCCACGUGUCGAGAAUGUAGACAGUGUUUCAGUACCAAAGUCUAAGAAAAAGAAAACUAAAAUGGUGACUUUUUUAUAGGCGAUGUAUUUGGAUUCUUCUAACCUUUGAAACUGUGUAGCACAGUUCCAUUGUGUUAUAUAAGAAGAUCCUUUACCCAACAAGACUGGCUGAGCAUUGAAAAGCUGUAUGGGCCAGCUGACUUAAUCAGCCAAGAGGGCUGUCUGUGGCUCCAGGUAUUUUCAAGCCUGUGAUUAAUUUCUCAUGGUCCUGAAGGAUAUGUGUUGGGUUUUUAUUCUACUUGUGGUGGAAGAACCCACGGGAGGUUUCCUUUGAGUGGCCAUCCAUUCCCACCCACUGCAUAAUUCAGCAGAAACCAGAGGCGUUGGGAGUGUAACUGAUUGGAGUGGACACUGUACUCUCUACCUGCCGGCUAACUGGUUAGCAGCCAAGCCCUUAGGCAGUGUAAUGUAAAGACAGGCUGUUAACCUUUCGUUUCUCUCGGAGGUUUUGGUAAAGCCUAUUGGAAUUAAUCUAAAGGAUGUGAUAGUUUGGUUCAGCUGCAGGUAAAUUAGCAGGGGCCUACUCCAGCUGUAAACUGGAAACACUGUUCAUGUCCUCUCAGGGCCAUGUGAGGCCCAAGGUGGGAAUUCAGUAUGGAAAGUGCAAUUUAAAGCUUCACACGAAAGCACUUGGGUAUGUAAGGAGUUAUUUCUGACCAGAGUCCUCAUUUCGCAAUGUGACCAAAACCAAGGAGUGUAAUGAACAAUCAGGCUCGGGGGGAAUAAAGGCAGGCUGUAGACAAUCUGUCCAUUUCUGCAUCAAAAUUGGAGUGAAUGUUUGUAUAUACUUACAAGUUAAUAGAAAUGACUUCUACUUGCUGGGCUAACCCAAAAUUGUCUUAAAAUUCUUUUCUUUUUUUUUUACUUGAAACCCCAUUUUAAAUCUUGCCAGCCUCAAUUCAAAAAUCACUCUUAGAAUUGAUGGCGAUUUGUUAAAGUGACAAAUCCUUUCAUUUGUAUUAAAAAGAAAAUAUCCAAAAAGAGGGAAACAGCCUUGGCGUUUUCUGGCAUUAAUGAAAUAGUGUCCCUCUGAUGAAUUAUUUUCAAAGAAACACUUUCUUAUUUACUGCGUGGUGUAAAAUGUGCUAAAUGUGUUCUUACAUUAUUAUGUCACUGCUGAAAGUUAUUUGCACUAUAAUAAAGGAAUUUUCUACAAAGUG